AUGGAGACACCGUCUUCUGAAUGCAAGGAGAAAGCACGACAGGUAAUGAGGAAACAUCUGUCAUUACCAUCAGGAAGGAAGAACCAUACACAAAAUCGCAGUAUGGAGCUGCUGUGCGCCAUUGCUCGGCCACCUCAAGAGAGCUGGAGUAUCAGGGAACGUAUCAACUUCAGGAUUGCCCUGGCCAGAUUUGGUCAGGACUGGCCAAGAGUUGCACAAUUCAUCGCCACAAAGACAACUGAUCAGGUCAUGUUGUUGCUAAUACACGAGCUUGAUGAGUGA